AUGCAGUUGAUAUUUAAAUUAAUUUUGUUUUGUCUGUGUGUUCAAGUAACUUUUUGCAAUACGGCGACCUACAAGGCUGCUAUUGCAUACGGUAAUUUAAAAAAUGGAAUUCAAGACUUUGUUGCACUGAUUAGAGAGGCUUCAAAGCAGCACGCCGAUGUAGUUUUAUUAGCAUCGGAGGUUUCCGAUUUAGAAACAUGCCUCGAGACAGCCUGCGUUCCUGAUAAUUAUGAUGAGCUUGUCCGGGAUGCGUCAUAUAUGGCGAAGAAAUACGAGUUGUACAUCGCAAUGCAUUUGUACGAGAAAAUGCGGUGCGAAAGCGGCGAAGAGCUGAUCAGAAGCAAUUUGGUGUUUGACAGGAAGGGGGCAGUUGUUUCAAAUUACAGAAAACCACUAAAGAAUAUUGCAUUAUGCAAUGCAACUUCACCAAAGAUGGCUAGCUUCACCACGGACUUUGGGGUCAACUUCGUUAUCCUCAUGAAUGAGGAUAUCGUGCUUCAAGACCUUACAAGCUUCAAGAGUAUGAACUUCAUUGUCACUGGCGGAUCUACUGCGGAUAUUAUGUAUUUGAGAGGAAAUCAUUUAAUCUCAUCCUGGGCGUACACCUCCAACGCCAAUGUGAUCUCUGACAGCGGAAUCUUCGCUGGAAAAGCUGGUUUGAAGAGUGGGCUGGUGAUUGAACUUAAUAAGAUUGGGCAAGAGAAAUCGGAAAGGUUAUCCCUAAAUCCAGUCGAUUUACGAGACCUCCCAACGGAGGAUAUGAGCCAACAUAUCAUCAGGCCUUUAGAUCUGGAAGCUAGCAUCCAAGGGUACAGAGAAGUCGUGUGUCACGGGAAAUUCUGCUGCGAGUUUUAUCUGAAGACAAAAGAAAUUGAUGCAAAAGCGAGUGAUGCACACUACGGCCUGUCUGUGUUCGAUGGAACUCGACAAAUGGGCUCGUAUUACAUUGGAGCUCAAUCGUGUAAGGUUUUAGUGUGCGCGGCUCUCAAUAAACGUACUUGUGUUCCUAGCCUAGAAAAUAACAUCAACGUUACAUUUGAAAAGCUGUCAGUUAGAGGAAACUUUACGAGACAUUCAGUGCAGUUUCCUGUGAUUUUGACAACUGACACGUCAAUUCAAUCGCACACUCUCGUGUUUUACACAAAGUCUGUCGAAGAUAUUCAAACAGUUGCAGUUGAGUUGUCAGACGCAAAAAAUAUGCUGAAAUUUGGUAUUUUUGGGCGUGAUUUUUCUAAAGAUUUUCAUGAAGAUUUUAGUAUAAAUUCGAACCAUACAGAAAUAAAAUCACAAGUAGGCAGUGAUUUUUACGAAUACAUAUUUAAUGAAGAUUUUAUAGAAUUCUUUGAUUACUUGUGGAUUAGAAUUAGGGUGGUUAUUUUUAUUCUGUCUAUUUACAUUUUAGAGAUGAUGUAA